AUGAGAGUGCUCAUGCUCAAGAACAAAACCACCCCCGUGGACACGUACCACGAGACGUUCACGGCAUUGGGCCAUACACCAGAGUUCAUCCCGCUACUCAAUCACUGUCCCGUGAGCGUGGAAGAAACCACCAACUUCCUCUGUAGCAGGCAAUUUCUCGAGGAAACCGACCUUUUUAUUAUUACACUGCAACGGGCAGUGGAAGUAUUUCAUCUUUGCUUGAACGAAAUCAGCAAACAAUCCACUCAUUUGGCAUCAAGGAUUAGAUCGAAAACUGGAUACACGGUGGGCCCAGCGACAGAGGAGAUCCUUAAAGCAAAUGGCUUCAGCGAUGUAAGAGGAGGCUCCGACGCAGGCAGUGGUGCUGUUCUCGCUGACAUCAUCCUAAAAGAGAUGGAUCGGAGCAAGAAGCAGAAGAUCGUGUUCUUUACAGGCACAAUUCGUAAGGAUAUCAUUCCCGUGAAAUUGAGGAGCCAGGGAGUUAACAUCGAGGAGGUUGUCAUUUACAAGACAGAGUGCAAGCGUGGGAUCGUGGACCAUUUUCUUCGGUGUUGCGAGGAGCCAGUUGAUUGGAUUGUGUUUUUCAGUCCUCAGGGCACAGAGGAGAUUGUGGAGAGGUUGCAGAGGCAAGAGAUCGAGAGUCUACGCGGAACGAGGGUUGCAAGCAUCGGGCCCACCACAGAGGAGUACUUGGUGCUGAAGGGCAUUAGUGCCAGUGUGGUUGCAGCAAAACCCACGGCAAAGGCGCUAGUGGAGUCGUUGCAAACGGUGGAAGCAAGGUCCUUGGGGCCUUGA